UUUACAAGGGUGUUGUGACUUUGAUAUGGUCAUUGUGUUACUUGGUUUUCGGGAGGACAUAUGUGACUUGAGUUUUAUAAGAUAAUGUGUAUAUGAUACCAGAAAACCCUCUGAAGAAACCAUGAAAGCCCACCAGAGAACUCGGAAAUUUGGGUACCAUUCCACACAUUUACACACAAGGCCUUCGAAAUAAAUUUCAUUUGCCAAAAAGUAUUUAAAAAAAUGGCUGGCUUAGUUGCCUAUAUCUGUUCCUUCAUCUUUAAGUCGUCCACUAAGAGGAGCUCAAAACACAAUUUACCACUUCCGGUAAACUGCCAUAUUGUUUUGGAUGAUGAUGUCAUAGGAGAUAAAAGCAUCUUCAUUAUCGGGGAUGUUCACGGUUGUUAUGACGAACUUUUAGAUUUAUUAAGCCUAGCUCAAAGUGUAGAGCUAGACAGGUCCAUUCUGCCUGUUUUUGUUGGUGAUUUGAUCAACAAAGGGCCUAAGAGUGUAGAAGUUCUCCACAAAAUUAAAAACAUGGACGGCUAUGCAGUGAGAGGCAAUCAUGAUGAAGCAGUUUUAAGACAACUUUUAAAUCGCAGGAACGAUCCAGAUUAUGUGUAUCCGCCAAAGUACAACUGGUGCAAGGGUUUAACUGAUUCAGAUGUAGAUUUUUUGACCGAACUUCCGUAUACGAUUGCUAUCCCAGCAUGCAAUGCGUUGUUAGUGCACGCGGGUCUCGUACCUGGAAUUCCGGUCGAAAAGCAGAAUUUGACAGAUAUGAUUGUAAUGAGAAACGUGGAGAGGAAUGAGGAUGGGAGUUUCAGAGCGAGUGAAUCUCGAUUUGUAGGAAAACAAUGGGCCUCACAAUGGUCGGGUCCAGAACAUGUAUAUUUUGGCCAUGACGCCGUACGAGGAUUUCAAGAUUUCCCUUUCGCUACCGGUCUGGACACAGGGUGUCUCUAUGGGAAAGAGCUCACGGGGGUAUUUAUCAACGGUUGUCUCAAACGACUUUCAGUUAAAGCGCGGAGAGCUUAUCGCCCGCCAUAAACGGUAACUCACCGAAUUGUGAUAUAGUCGGAGUCUUAUUCGAAUCUGCAGAAAUCUUGUCUCGUUUCUUGUGAUGUUACAUUUGUCUUCAAUGCUUACAAGCAAAGUUGACAGCAUAAAACUGGUGAAAAUAUUGCUAUGUGUGAAUGCGUUCAUUAUACAUGUGUGAAAUAAAAAAGGACCAAAUUUG